AUGGGAGCACAGGUCUGGCUGAUUGUGGCCGCUUUGGGUACACUCUGUCAUCUUCUCUUUGGAUAUCUCAGUCCAAAGUAUGAUCCUCGCGAACCAAAGCUGGUUACGCAGUCGAUCCCGCUGGUUGGCCAUGUCAUCGGUAUGGUCCGUCACGGGCUUGGCUACUACACGACUCUCGGGGACGUGCCGUCACCUAUCUUCAGCAUGAGCAUGCUGAACAAGAAGAUUUAUGUGGUUACUUCUGCUGCUUUGGUCUCAACUAUACAACGUUCUGCAAAGUUCAUCUCAUUUGAACCUUUUCUGAACGAAGUCGGAGACUGGCUGGCUGGGAUCAAAGGCGAUGGAUUGAAGCUCCUCCAGAAACCUGUGAAGGGCGGUGGAAGCCUCAGUUCUGCGAUGGUGCACGCCAUGGCUACCGCUAUUUCAGGCAGCAGCCUCGAUAAAAUGAAUGAUACCAUGAUAUCCUUCCUCCAGGCAUCCAUGGAGGAAUUGUCGACUGCAACUGAAGAUCCCAUUGAUCUAUAUGCAUGGUGUCGGGAUGCAAUGACAACUGCCAGUUGCGAGGCGGUUUGGGGAGCUAAAAAUCCCUUACGUUAUAAGGAAAUUCAGGAUACAUUUUGGGAGUAUGAAACGAACUUGCCCAUGUUAUAUAUUAAUAUUUUGCCACAAUUCACAGCGCAGAAGCCUUUUAAGGCACGAGAAAAACUUGUGAAAGAAUUUCUGAAGUUCUACGAAGCAGAUGGACAAUGGGAAGCCUCGGAGUUAUCACUUGUGAGAUGGAAAAUUCAGCACGAAGCAGGCGCUACUAUUGAAAACAUUGCACGCAUGGAAGUUACUUUGUGCGUUGGCGUUCUCUCGAAUACCGUUCCAACCCUGUUCUGGACCACCUUUGAAAUUUUCUCUCGCCCCGAGCUCUUGUUGAAACUUAGACAAGAGGUCUGGGAUAAUGCAGUACAUGUUUCCAUCAGUCCGGAGGGUAACACUAUUCAUUGCCUUGAUGUCGCAGACAUACGAAACAAAUGUACCCUUCUCCUUUCUACCUUCCAGGAAGUGCUACGUCUACGGUCCAGCAGCGCCACGAUUCGUACUGUUCUUGAGGAUAUUGAAAUAAAUAACCAGUAUCUACUCAAAAAGGGCUCAAUGCUACAGCUUCCGGCACCGUUUCUCAACCUCGAGGAAUCUACGUGGGGCUCGGAUUCAGCAAAUUUCAACCCUUACCGAUUUUUUGACUGUGACAAAGAGAAAGUUGGGCGCUUGAGAUCGAAGGGUUACAUGUCUUGGGGUACAUCUCCCCACAUGUGCCCAGGAAGACAUUUUGCAAGUGGAGAGAUUUUACCUGCGGUUGCUAUGUUUUUGGUACGAUAUGAUAUUACGCCUGUCGAGGGUACCUGGCGCCACCUUUCGAUAAAUAGAGAGGUGAUAGCAGCAUCGAUUCCUCCACCUAAGGAAAAGUUUAUGGUUAGAUUCUCAGAGAGGGAUAAUCAGGAUGCAUUGAAAUGGGAGUUUCGGCCUUCCGCAGAACACGGAAGAUUUAAAUUGGUUACUGGGUAA